AUGGUGUUUCGUGGGUACCCAGACCGAGCGUUGGACGGAAACCCGUCGUCCAUUUACCGCAGUCGGUCCUGCACCCACACAAAGAACGAAACCAAGAACUUCUGGGCCGUAGAGCUAACCCGCCCUGUCCAGCUAGAGGGUAUCCGAAUACAGUUCCGGUCAGAAAAAUGUUGUACUUUUAAAAACGCCGGCCUGACAAUCUCUGUCUUCGACUCACGGGUGGCUAUGGAGUCUGGGGAGGGUACGGAGUGUGGGACGUUCGUGGGUCCCCCGGAAGAUUCCUCCAAACCCGUGGACGUCAUGUGUCAGGAGCCCGUGGUCGGCCGCGUUUUCAGGGUUCUUCAGCAGAACGAUGAACCAUGGGCUCUGACCCUGUGUGAAGUCACUCUGGUAGGACCAGGGCUAAUUCAAACGUUUUGA